UAAGCCCGUCGAGAGGGCGGAGCCGUUUGUAAACUCACGUUGCUCUCUGGGCGAUCUAGUUUGCACAACAACAGAAAUAUAAGCUUAGUUUUCUUUCGUCAACCGUCGUUUCAGACACAAGCCUUAACAAGAAAAGGAUUUGAGAAGAAGAAGAAUUGUUCUCGUCAUUGCUUGGAUCAGGGCUGAACCGAUGGACUGAGAUCCAACAAACAGGACCACCAGAGAAGAUCCAACAUGGGCAACAAACGCAAAUCCUCCAGUGAGAUCGACAGAGAUUCAGAUGCAAGUUCUGGAUAUUUUAGUGCUUUGGACCAGACAGAAUAUGAAGACAUGGGACCAAGGGGUACUGCAUCACAAAGCAUGCCGACAGCUCCUCCGGUGUCUUUCAUUCCUGGCUCACAUCCAGGCGUCUCUCCCAUGAUCAUAAUGAACAACCUUGUUCUCAAGCAGCGUAACUCCGUGGCCCCUGCAUCAAAAUCUUGGAGCUUAAACCCUUCACUAGAUGUGGGUCCUCAGUCCCAGCUGCUUUUCCUCCAGCCGGUCAUGUCCGCUGGUGACCGUACCGACCAAAGCUCUGAAGAGCAGAAACCUUCCAGAAAGCAUGUUCCCAUGCAAAACACCUUUCCAAAAAUGUCCCCACAUCCUGCACAAGGGUCUACAGUCGAUGAGGGUCCCAGUGCGAUCAAUAAGAGGUCAAACCACAGUCAUGCUGGAAGACAUCAGCGACGCCGUUAUGAUGAAAAACCUUUCCACACUUCCUCUUUGAAACCGGAUGAGUGCGAGACAUUUAAAGAUUACGAUGUAGACCCCAGCAUUGCUUCUUUAGGAGAAACUGGUCACGCUGUUGAAGACGUGGCUGUGGAAAACCCUUCAUCCAGGCUUUCUGACCUUCAGGAGCCCCACACCAACACUUCACCAUUCUCACUUUGCACUGACUCCUUCCUCACUUCGGUCCCUCAAAAGAGUCCCAAAGCUUCAGUCACCCAGAGCAGUGAUAUGGAGAAUAUCCCAGAGGCCCUCUCUCCAAGCUCCAGCAAACGCGAACGCUUCUGCAACACCUAUAACAUUUUGAAUCGGUCCGGCCUGCUGGGCAUCACACUGCGCACGAAGGAACUUAUUCGACAAAAUAAACGUUCCCAGGCCCAGCUUCAGAGUCUGCAAGCUCAGACUGACCUCUUCUUGGAGGCCAUAUGUAGUGGAGAUCCCAAAGUCUGGACGAGAUUGCAGCUUAUCCUCCAGAACUCUGGAAACAGCGAGUAGAUCGACACCUGUGGACUCUGUAAGGGUUGUAUGGUGUAGUAGCAGGUUCGGAUUUGAUUAUUUCAGCUGUUGUAUUCUGCUGUUUUCUGGAAUAGCCACCUUUUCUCCAACCACCACUUUUCUAAUCAGGGGCUUAGCAAAUUUUCAGCAUCUUGUCAUAAUAUCAGUAGGAAACAUGAAAGAUGUGAGUGUUCAGUGGAGUCUAGUUAUCACUCCAACUGUUAUCUAUCCAACGUAAGUCAUCUUUAUCCUUGUCUCAAAAGUAUAGUGUUUAGGUAAUAGUUGCACCUUUUUUUCUAAAUAAAGUGAUACAGUGAUUCAGAAUUUAUUAGCAAACUCAAUUUGAAAAGAACGCUAUUAACCGUUUUGGUAUUUCAAUCUAAUUGGUUACUAUUUGGAAAGAAGGCCUUGGAAAACCAGAACUGGAAUGCAAAAAUAUUUCUGCUCCGAAUCGAACAAAAUGGAAAAGUUAUUUUCUAAUCACUGUAACUAAAAAAAUGCCUUUAACAAAUGAUAACGAUAUGAGUACUUAUAAGUGCACUGUAAUAAUAUAUAUAUAUUUUUUAUUCAGAUAAAAAUGUGAAAUUCAGUAUCAUCCAAUUUGUAAAAAUGUGUUUAUAAUAAUAUUGUUUGUAUGUGAGUAAUGUGUUCUCAAAUGUGACCCUGGACUACAAAACUUUUAAGUCAAAAGGGUCAAUUUUUCAAAAUUGAGAUUUAUACAUAAUGAAAGCUGAAUGCACUUUCCAUUGAUGUAUGGUUUGUUAGGAUCAGACAAUAUUUAACCGAGAUACAACUUUUAGAAAAUCUGGAAUCUGCAAAAAGAAAAUUAAUAAAUAACGACAAAAUCGCCUUUUGAAGUUGUCCCAAUGAAGUUCUUAGCAAUGCAUAUUACUAAUCAAAAAUUUAAGUUUGAAUGUAUUUACAGUAGGAAAUUUAUAAAAUAUCUUCAUGGAACAUGAUCUUUACUCAAUAUCCUAAUGAUUUUUGGCUUUUUGUAUAAAAUAAUAAUAAUUAGACCCAUACAAUGUAUUUUUGGCUAUUGCUACAAAUAUACCUCAGUGACUUAAGACUGGUUUUGUGGUCCAGGGUCACAAAUGCAUCGCCAAGUAAAUAUUCUUGUUGUUAUCUAUGAGAAAGACCAAUGGAUGUUAAGAGUAAGGGUACUAAUAACCAUUUGUGCUGGUCAGAAUGUAUUUGAAGAAGCACUUCAGAUGUGGUUGUUAUUUGUAAUGCCUUGUUGUAUUAUUAAGUGAGUGUACAUUCAUAAUUGAGGUUGUGAUUGUCAGUAGGUUUGGAUGUGAAUGAGCCGAAUUGGCAAUGUACAUUUUAUUUUAUUUUUCUAUUGCAAUCUGUCAUACUGCUUGCAUACAGAUGGUUCAUUGUGUUUGAAAAGCACGUACUAAUAAGCUUUGAUGAUAGAGGUCAGCAGGUUUAGUGAAGUAAUGAAUGCACUGAAUGAAUGUGAUAGCAUUUUUUUUUAUAUUGUCGUUUUCUGUAUUGCAUUUGUAUUUGCUUUCCAAAAUUAUAAACCCAUUGUGUUGCUUUAUCAGAACCCGAUCCUAAAUGAGACAUUUUUGCUGUAGAAAUCUAUGCAAUAGUCUUGUUUGGUUUUAGCCAAGUGCAGUUUUGUAUUCUGUAGGUGUCAUUUGACUUUUUAUGUGCCUUCAAAAAUAAAGGCAUUUAAAAUAUA